AUGACAACUCGCAAGAUCAAAGGCCCAUCGCACUUUUGCGAAUGGGUAGUUGGCACAACAAUCGAAUCUGCCCUCCGUCCCAUUGCCGCCCCCAAGCCCAAGCCCAAGCCCCCCAAGAACAGGAAACGAGAAGUAGUACGCGUUCAAGUUACUACUGAUGAUGAAUCUGAAGAAGACACCGUUAGGAUCACCUAUCCCCGUACAGGACGCACCACACCCCCAUCCCCCCCUGACCCUGAGCCCGAACCUGAAGCUGAAGCCGAAGGUGAAUCUGAACCUGAAGCUGAACCAGAGUCUGCCCCUAUCAUUGCCGAAGCCAAGACUGUGAUCAAGAAAGUCCGCUUUGAGGAUGGUCCCAUAAAGUCUGCUUUGAAGCAAACCGUCAUCACAACCCCAGCUGAGUCUUCUGAUGAAACAUCCGAAUCCGGUACAGAGUCUGAAUCUGAGACCGAGUCAGAUUCCAGUCAGUCCGAUACCAUGUCGAGUUCUGAUACAACCGAUUCUGACACUGAGAGUUCAGAUGCCUCUUCCAAACAGAGGAAAAGGAGAAGAAGACAAAGGCAGAAGCGCAGACAGAGACAGAAACAAAUCGAAGCCGACUCUGAAAGCGACUGGGACUCAGAUCCAGACCCGACUUCCCCGAAACAUCUGAAUCGGAAGAAGAGGGAACCGCCCAAGCACAAAAAGAAAGCUGGAAAGAAGAAGAGAGGCGCAAAGAAGGUAAAGGAACCAGAACCAGAACAAGACUCAGAUGCCUCUGAUUCUGCCAAAGACACUUCUGAAUCUGAGCCUGAGACCCCAACACCUAAGAAACAGCAACAGGCAAGCAAGAAACAAAAGCAGGGCAAGCGAAAGGGCAAAAAGAAUCAAGAGCCAGUGUCUGAGCAAGAAACAUCUGAAUCCGAACCAGAUACCCCCAAGAACAGGAAACAACAGCAAAAGGCAAACGCCAAAAAGGGUGGUAAAAAGGGCAAAAAGCCAGAACCAGAGCCGGAACCUGAAGAGACUGACGCAGAAACUUCUGAGUCGGCCAAAGAAACAGAAGACGAGGCCGAGACAGAGGAGAAGCCUAAACAAGAAAACAAAGGCAAACAGAAGAACAAAAAGAAACAGAAUGACAAUCAAGCAGAGCAGGCAAACAACCAGUCGAAAAAGAACAAGAAGAAGCAAAAGGCUGGGAAAGAGACGAAUAAAGACCCGGAAACCCCCCAAGAGCCAGAAGCUGAAGAACAGACUGCUGAAGCAACCAAGGAACAAGACCAAGGCAAGUUUAGAAACAUGAAAUCCAAAUACAGGGAUGGAGUCAAGAAGGGCAAUUAUCCCGAAGGACUUCCAGGCCCUCACAUGCGUCGCCCACAACUGAUCGAACCGAUUCGGGCACAAGUGGUUCAGACGGAACGCGUGAUCGAGACCCCUGAAGACCCGGCUCCAAAUGCUUACUACGAUUCAGAACAUAAUGUCAUGCGAGUCUACCAUGGUCCUGUCUAUGGCAACCAUCAGAGCAAUGCCCUCUACCCUGAGCGCAACGGUUUCAAUCGUCCCUUGCCUAUGGGAACGCCUCACCCUAUGCAGAAUCCUUAUUACUAUGGCUUCAACAACCCCAACUUCCCACAGAUGUCGCCAUAUCACCAGAACUAUGCAGGCAUUCCACCCCCAGAGGCAUAUUCCCAUGUUCCAAUCACCCAAACAAUGCCCCCUCCUCCCUGGUAUGGCAUGGCAGGACCUCCAGGACCCUCUCUAGCCCCAGCCGGCUAUCAAGAAAAGACUGCUCCAGCCUCCAGCAAGGAUAAGGCCAGCCAGAACAACAAUGUUGGGCCACCAAGCCUCACAGGAAAGGACAACCCAUAUCUGCCCAAGAGAAACAAAUCCCAGUUCAGCGCAUGGGGGGGCAGUCAAGGUGCUCGAUCUGCCUCCAAAGAACACAGCCAGCCAGCUGGCUCAGUCAGAGCUGGGUCGAACAACUGGGGUGAUAACAGCAAUAACGAUCAAGGAAACACUUGGGGCGAUGGAGCCAAUGAUACUCAGAAUGGCCAAAGCAGCUGGGAUGCUAUUGGGCAAGACAACAACAACAACAGCAGCAGCAAUAAUGGCAAUGACAAAAGCGGGAGCGGCACCGGUGAUAAUCAGAAUGAUACUUGGGGAGCCACUGACAAUCAAGCAUCUACUGACUGGAACGACAACACUCAAGAAACGACUCAGAACGGAGGGUGGGCCACCGGUUCGAACAAGAGCAAUGAGACAGUUCGCAAGGGGGACCAUUGGGGUAAAGACACUUUCCCAGGUGCUAGCGGCGACUGGGACCAACCAAAGGAUGGUGCAAGCAGUAUUGGCCAAGGUGCGGACAACAAUGUUGGUGUUUGGGGAGCUGAUGACGGGAACGGAAAUGGAAACGGGAAUGGGAACAAUGACCCGCCUGUCUCUACAGGAGGAGACGGGGGAGCAGACAACGUUAUGCCGGGUACUUGGGUCGAAACACCAGCUAUCACCGCUGGACCCGAUUGGGGCGAUACCACUGCAGCACAAGACACAAAUGGGAAGGCUGAUCAGUGGUGA